AUGAUUUGCAUGAUAUCUCCCAUUGAACAACGUGCAGAACACUCUAGAACACUGAGUCAACAAACCGACUCCAGCUACACAACUUCGUAUAGUAUUCUCCCUCUUGCCCAACUCGUUCCUUCAACCGAGUGUAGCAUGUCGACCCCAAUACGGACAUCUGUUCUACUGCCCAACUACAUUCUCCAAUGUGUCCGCGAUGACUGCAACCCGCCUAGGAUCGAUCCUGAACUCUUUUUAAGUAAAGCAACCAACUCCAAUAUCCUAGACAUGAUCUUUGCUUUCUACCCGCAUUUGGAAUUCGAUGAAAACGCAAAGGACAAUUACUAUAUUCUUAGCAAGAUUUUCAAAGACAUGGUAGCAACCCAGCUCCACAAGGUAGUCGUCCCUUCGAACCGCAAGCCCCAAAAUUACUUCCAAGCAUCCUUGCGAACUCCCAUCUGUGGACCACAAAACUUUCGCACAACCAUCAAAUGUGCAGAUGAUAUCACCCCAGGUCGCAUCAUCAUGUUCAAUUCUUGCGCCCUCUCUUACCUUAGGAGCGGGCAGUAUCGGCUUGCCGCCGAAAAUCUCCACAUAUUUGUCGAGACUUACAAAUACCUCACCGAAGACGAGAUACAUGAGAUCCACUCUACUCAAGAGGAAGCUGAAGGAACUCUCCAAAGUCAUGUCUCAUUCCUCCAAGACGCUCAUCAAUCGAUUGAAGCGCUACAUAUUCGGUUACGUGACCCCGAUCUCUCUGCCGAAUGCCGCCAAGACAUGGAGGUGGAACUAAAAGCUGCGAGAAGGACCUUAGAAUCGCGCCGGACAAUGUUUGAUCGCGCCAUUCAAGAUGUUGGCUUUCUCGCUGCAUUGAAGAGACAUCACCGGGACAAGGCCGCUAUAGAUGUCGACCCAAUGGAAAACUCCACCGAUUGA